CAAAAUUGAUCAAUUGAAAUGCCGUCUGCAGGCUCAUCUGAGCAGGCUGCGCCGCGCAAGAAGAAGCAACGCGCCGGACCAGCACCGUUCUACUUGCCAUUGAAUAUAACGCUCUACGUGUUCCUCAUAUCGAACUCAAUUGCCGCUUUUCUCGCUCCGAUCCAAGACUGUGACGAGGUCUUCAAUUUCUGGGAACCCACGCAUUACGUCGACUACGGAUACGGGCUUCAAACAUGGGAAUAUUCGCCGGUUUAUUCGAUCCGAAGCUGGCUAUACAUUUCUCUCCAUGCCCUCGUGGGGAAGGCUGGCUCGUUGCUAUUCCGUGAUAAGAUCUCCGCGUUCUACGUCGUUCGUUUCGCUUUAGCCGUCUUCUGCGCCUCCUGCGAGACAAAGCUGUACUCAGCAGUUUGCCGAACCCUGAGCCCGAGAAUUGGACUUCUGUUCCUCAUGAUUGUCGCCUUCAGUCCGGGCAUGUUCCAUGCUUCUACUGCGUUCCUCCCGUCGAGCUUUACUAUGUAUACGUCCAUGCUGGGCUUGACUGCUUUCUUGGACUGGAGAGGCGGGCAGAAGACAGCGCAGGGUAUUAUGUGGUUUGGGCUGGGUGCGAUUGUCGGCUGGCCAUUCGCUGGAGCGCUGAUUAUUCCGCUUUUGCUUGAGGAAUUCGUCAUUGGAUUUCUUGCGGGCUCUCUCAAGAAAGUGGUUUUCAGCGUCGUUGAUGGGGCUUUGCGGUGUCUAGCCAUUCUGGCCGCCGAGGUCGCUGUUGACUAUGUGUUCUUCCAAAAGUUUACAAUCGUCCCGUGGAAUAUUGUCGCGUACAACAUUUUCGGGGGUGAAGGAAGAGGCCCUGAGAUCUUUGGUACAGAGCCAUGGACGUUCUACAUCCGGAACUUGCUGCUUAACUUCAAUGUCUGGUUCAUUUUUGCUAUACUGGCUGUGCCGCUGCUUGCCUUCCAGGCAAUCUUCCGGUCUCAAGCCACCAAUAAGCAGACGAUUCUACGAACCGUUACCCUUCUCACACCGUUCUACAUGUGGCUCAGUAUUUUCAUUGUCCAGCCUCACAAGGAAGAGCGCUUUAUGUAUCCCGCAUACCCCUUCCUUGCUCUCAAUGCCGCCAUUGGCUUCCACAUGCUCCUCUCAUUUAUCGGGUCUAGCAACCCGAAAGAGCUAAUGGGGCGGGUGCCUGCCCAGUUCAAACUUUCUGUGGUCCUGUCGGUGGUUCUUCUGUCUAUCAAUGCAGGCUUGCUGCGAACCGUCGGUAUGAUCACUGCCUAUAAUGCUCCUUUGAAGGUGUUUGAACCGUUAGAAAAGACGGAAGUCCAGGCUGGCGAGUCUGUCUGUUUUGGCAAGGAGUGGUAUCGAUUCCCGUCGUCAUACUUCCUCCCCAACGGUAUGCGGGUGAAGUUUAUCAAGAGUGAAUUCAAGGGACUUCUUCCCGGAGAGUUCCCUGAAGCUGCUGAUUACCCCGCUCUUUCUGAUGGUGCAUCACGAAUUCCCACUGGAAUGAACGACCGCAACGAGGAAGACACUGGCAAAUACGUCGACGUCUCUCAAUGCUCUUAUCUGGUUGAUUCGUAUUUUUCCGGACGUGAAGCAACCGAGCUGGAGCCGCAUUACGUCGAAGACGAGUCGCAGUGGGAGAAACUCUCCUGCAAGAAAUUUCUUGAUGCCUCCCGGACUGGUCUCUUAGGUCGUUUGAUCUGGAUUCCUGAUCUCCCGAUCAUCCCGGAUCGCUUCCGUCGACAUUGGGGACAAUACUGUCUUCUCAAGUGGCGUGAUGCUGAAUGGACGCCGUCCAAUUUCAAAAGACCAACAGCGGCGCCGUACCCGAAUUGGGACGUUCAUACAGCAAAGCCUAUACCGUAUCGGCCAUUUCGAUAUGGGCCAAAAUACUUUAUCACUAUGGGGUUACGAAGUAUGAAGUGGGACGAAUGGAUAGAACUUGAUAACCACUAUUUCCGCUACCAUGCCGACAAAACCCGUCGAAUCAAAGAACGAGGUCCAAAGAGUUGCAUGACCGCCCCAGAGGCAAUGGACGGAGCAAUCGAACUUCUAGAAGAACUCUGCACCUACCUCCCCGAACGCUAUCCCACCAUUUUCCUCAAAACCCCCACCGGAAUAACAAACCUCGCCACAAAUGAAUGUUUCAACAUAGUCCAACGCCCCCUCCCUGAAGACCCCAUGGCCACCUCCGCCCGCCUAAUCCAAGAUGACCUAGCCCUAAUGAUCGAGCUCCCAGACGGCGACUACUACCUCCUCGCUGGCGCAAUCCUCCUCCCUGGUUUCUGGCGCUUGCAGGAUAAAUUCGGCAUGCGGCUUUCGGAGAUACAUACCUCGGGUGAUGUUCCGCAGUAUAAGGAGAAGUUGGAGAAGGGGAUGAUGAAUUUCUUCCGGAAAUUGAGGCCUGAGGAUCCUGUGCUACGGAAUAAUUAUUUCAUUCAGGUUGAUGAUAAUCUUGCUUGGUCGGAUAGUAUUGGGCCUGAGGACUCGGAGGAGGUCUCGUGGAAUACUGCGCAGAAGGACAAGGCUAUUGAGCAUCACUUUUUCCGCUCAGAAAGGCAAUCUCUUCGUCGGCUUCCGAGAUCAGGGGCUGUGGUUUUUACUAUCAGGACGUAUUUCGAGCCUAUUACGGAGAUUGUGAAGGAGCCGUAUGUGCCUGGAAGACUGGCAUCUGCUAUUCGCAGCUGGGGUGAUGAUGUGUCCAGGUAUAAGGGGAAGGAGAAGUAUGAGGGGGUUUUGUUGGAAUACUUGGAUCGAAAGCAUGAGGAGCAGGUUGCUGCUGGGCUGGAAUUGGAGAAAGAGGAUGAUGUUAGGGGUUAUCCUUUUUAGUUACUUCUGUGCAUCGGGUUCUUCGUCCACAUCUGGAUAUUUUGUAAAUAGGCUUUACGCUCGAUGAAAAUCAUAACGUUCAUUGAAUCAUCAUCUCUCAACUGUCCCCAAUGUCCAACAUGUCUACCCAACCUUCGACUCCAACGUAAACAUCCCAAAUCUCUCUCAUUCGGACCCAAUACCAGAUAUCUAAGGAGUCGGCGCAAGCAAAACAGCCGCACAAGCCGCCUGACAAGACCCAUACGCCGUGUUACACGCCACAAUACUAGCAGGCGCAGAAGCACCCAGAGUAGCGCCCCAGGUAAAGCCCGCAGCAGAGUAGCAGGCCAUGACGACACCUGAACAGCCGGCCUGACAGACGCCGUAGCCUGCGGGACCGGCGAUGGCGGUGGUUGCGAGGGGGAGGAGGAUGGCGGUGGAGAUUUUCAUUUUUUUUUUUUUUUUUUUUUU